CAAAGGCGUGUGCCUCAAGUGGCUGAGGCGCACGCCUCAACACCUACCCUGUAAGGCGUAGGAGUUGAGGCGCUUUUACAGCGCCUCGCCACGAGUCACGCCUUAAGGUGUGCGCCUCUGGCGCUUUUUAAAACCAUGAAGGUAUCUUCAACUUUUCAUUGAAAGUUGAAGAACCUUUCUCAUAGGGAUCAACUUCUGCUAUACUUGAUGAUGUGACUCCCCCCCACUGCAGCAAAUUAUUUAACUGUUUAAUUAUUAAUCAUGUAUGUUUGCUUUUUAAUUUGUGAGAGAGUUUUAUGUGUUUGUUUUAAUUUUGAACUUAGAUUAUUUAAUGUCUCUUCAACAUGUUAAAUAGGUUGAGAAACAAAUCUUUACGUACAAACAGGUUGAGAAACAUAUUUUACCACCCAUUUUAAAAACAUGUUCAAAAGUAGGUUCAGAAAUAAGUUAACAUGACCCAUUUAUCACCCAUUUUAUAAAUAGGUUCAAAAAUACGUUAACACGACCCAUUUAUCACCCAUUUUUUAAACUGGUUGGCAGGUAAUCAACGGGUUGACACGACAUGUUUACGACCUGUUUAAUAAACGGUUAGUCGUGUUGUGUUGUGUCAACCCGCUAAUAUAUAGGUCAUGUUUGGGUUUUGUAUUUCGACACGAAUAAUAAACGGGUCGUGUUCGUGUCAGGCCUAACCGUGUCAACUGAAGGGGUCAACACGACACGAAUACGACCUGCCAACACGAAUUGCCACUCGUCACCGACUUCAAAAAAAUUGAUUUUUCGAAAAUCUUCGAAAUAAAUAAAAAGAAAAAAGCACGGGGUUGUAUCCCAAAAAUUUAUUCUGAAUUUUGAAAAAGAAAUAAAAAAAUCUAAAUCUAGCCUUCCAAGGAGAAAAUCAAACGAGAGUAAUUCGUUCUGAAUUUGGGGAUUUUCUUUGAAACUUGCCCUAAUGUCGUCGCCCAUCGCUCUUUACCCAGAACUAGAUUCGAAGCAAUAGUUUCAGGCAAACAAAUCAAGGUUCCAAGUCCAUUGAAAUUAACUUAUCCAAAUUGGGAAACUUUUGUUUUAUUAUUCUGUCUCUAUGGCAGAUUCUGAUGAAAAGCCGCAGACUGAACAAGUAUGCAACUUCUUCCGGAAGCCUUCAAAGAAUAAAAACAUUAGGAAACGAACAGUUACGGAAGAUGAUGAUGAAGAAUCAAAAACCGAGAGCACAGUCUUGCACAGCCAGAAAAAAGCCCCAAAGCCCGAUAAUAAACUUUAUUUUUCUACUGGGCCUUCUAAGAACUCUGCAUCCGCCGAAUCAAAUGCCGCAUCCGAGACUCCUGUCUUUCAGUUUGAAUCUUCCAAGGAAAUCCAGGUCCAACAUGAUAGUAGAGCAACGGCGACUCUAGAAACUGAGACAGAAUUCUCUAAAGACGCGCGAGCAAUUCGUGAGAGAGUUCUCAAGAAUGCAGAUGCGGCAUUGAAGGGAAAAGGCAAGAACACAGGUGAUGAAAAAUUGUACACGGGGAUCCAUGGAUACACUGAUUAUAAGGCUGGAUUCCGAAGAGAGCAAACGGUUGCCAGUGAGAAAGCUGGAGGGUCUCAUGGCCCUCUCAGGGCUUCUGCUCACAUUAGAGCUACAACAAGAUUUGAUUAUCAGCCAGACAUAUGCAAGGAUUACAAAGAAACUGGUUAUUGUGGAUAUGGAGAUUCCUGCAAGUUUAUGCACGAUCGAGGGGAUUACAAGUCUGGGUGGCAGUUGGAGAAGGAAUGGGAAGAGGCAGAGAAAGUUAGAAAGAGAAAUUUAGCUUUAGGAGGAGCUGAUUCGGAUGAGGGUGGUGCAGACCAGAAUGAUGAUGAUGACGAUGACGAUGCAUUGCCCUUUGCGUGUUUCAUUUGUCGCCAGCCGUUUGUGGAUCCUGUUGUGACAAAAUGCAAGCACUACUUCUGCGAGCAUUGUGCGUUAAAGCAUCAUUCAAAGAACAAGAAGUGCUUCGUCUGCAACACGCCUACCCUUGGAAUUUUUAAUACAGCCCAUGAAAUCCGCAAAAAGAUGGCUGAAGACCGUAGAUAAUGGCUGCUCCUCAUCUCAUUAGUAUUUGUUCUAUGUAUUCAUGGAGGCAUUUUUGCUCUCUUGUUCGUUGGUGAGUAUUGAAAAGGAUAAUCAUAAUGUAGUGGAUGAAAACUUGUAAAAAGGUGCCAUUAGAAGAGAAAGAUGAGCCUUAACUUUGGUUUAGAUUGCUGGAUAAUGGAAAGUUGAUAUUGGGAACUAUUUUCCUUAUGACGGUACCCCAUGUUUGUACCUUGCUUUCUUUCAUUGUUCAUGAAAUAAGAUCUGAAUAUUAUCCUACACUUUUGCGCCCCUACUUGAAGAA